AUGAGAUAUGCAGAUAAUGGUUAAAGUGAAUUCGUUUUAGGCAUAGCCUUUUUGGUUUUAGGAAUGAUUUACACAACAAUCUUUUUUUUCGGAGUGAUCAGAUAUUGCAAGAUGGGGAAGAAAACAAAAUACUUGGGAAAAAUAUUUUAUCUCUCAAUCGUACUUUCUUGUUUAGCCUAUAUGUUGAAUAUGGCUUUAUACUUAUAUGACAUUUUCGAAUAAAAGGCUGAUAAUUAUAUUUUGAGCAUUGAAAAAUAGCUGUUAAACACAAUAUACGUUCCUGAUGGAUUAUUUUGGAUCGUCUAUUAAUCCUUAUUUUGGACAGUCGUUUGUUUGCAUUACGAUUCACAUUUGCAUAUUGGAUAAUUGGAUGAACUUCCAUACAAUCCCAAUAUGUUGAUUCAUUUGAUGAAAGACAUCUUUAUAAUAUAUGGAAUAGCAUAAUUAAUUGUGGUGUUGCUCUAUAACUUCGAUUACGCAAAGGCAGAGAUGUUGUUUUAUAUAAAUAUAGUCAUUAAUCUAUCCAUACCAGUCUAAUUUAUCAUAACAUCCCUAUAUUUGCAAUAUAAGUAUUCAGGCUCCCCAUUUAAGUCAUCAAAAUAGGAAAAUAUUUCAAAUAGACUCUAAAAAUUAAUAUUUUAUUGGACAAUUCUUAGAGUCAUCCAAAUAAUAAGCAAUUUUUUGUUAAUGGAAAACUUGGAAAUGAUAAGGAAGUUCUUUUCAUCUGAAUUGAGUUAAAACUAAUUGUUACUCUACAUAUCAUUAUUGAUAAUAGAUUUAUUGUUGGCAAACAUUUUCCCAUUUAUCUUGGCUUUGAGACAGUAAACAUUUUCAAUAUUUUUGGGCAAGAAGAAUGCUACUUUGAGUACUAUUUCAGAACAUCCUAUGCGCUAAGAAUUUUUAAAUAAUGACAGCUCAGUUAUGGAAAGGAAAUAAAUUCAAUUUGAUUACAAUGAGGUACUGAAAUCGAUUGCUAGUCCAUAAACAAAAAAGUCUAAGCCUAAUGGAUUUGGGUAUAUUCUUGUUUGUCAAAUCUAAUAAAAAAGUUUUGGGAUGAGAAUAGUUGAAUUCAAACAGUUAUAGCCUUACUUGGUUGAAUAAGUAAAGUAAGAAAUAGAGCAAGUGAAUUCAUUAAAUCAUUAAUAUCUUUAUCAUAUUCAUGGGGUUAACAUAGUCGAUAACAAGGUGGUGUAUCUAACCAAAUUUUAUUAAUAUUCAUUACACAAUUAUUUAGUUUAAAAUUAGAUUUCAGUAGAAGAAAAGAUUGAGAUCUUAAUUUAAUUGUUACGUGGCAUUAGUUACCUUCAUAAAUAACGAUUUUGCCAUGGAAGUUUAACUACAGAAAACGUUAUGAUCAAAUCAAAUAAAAGAGUGAAAAUAAUUGAUUUCGGCCUGUUUGGAAUAAAAAAAUAUUAGUCACUAUUACAGAGCUAUACCAAUAAAAAUGGAUUCACUGCUCCAGAAUUGAUAAUGCAAAGAGGUCAGAUUGUAAGUGGAUCUUAAGAAGGAGACAUAUACAGUGUUGAAAGUGCCAUUCGAAGGAUUACAACUAUAAAACAUAUAGGAUUGUCUGAAUAAAGCUGUAAGACCCAAGAUUGA